CGUAUCAUUUCGGUUACAGAUUUGCUUAAAACAUACCAGUACUGUCUAAAUAAAUCUACUUGCUCUAUGUUAAGGGUCAUCUGCAUCCCAAGAGCAAAUCUAUGCACAAAGAAACUUUAUUGUUAAAGGACAAAAUACCUGAGACAGCAACUCUGCCUUGGCUGCAGCUGGGCCAGGUGACUAGAUAGGAAGAUGAAGACAGAGGGAUGCAGUAAAACACACUUCGCCUUCCCUGCUGUGAUAAUCUUUUCUUUGUGUCUGCAAACAAGUGCAAACCAUACCAAUGAUCCUAGGGCUAUAAAUGAAACCUGGAAUCCUACCAGCCAAAACCUGAGUGGAAGGCAGAACACAACAGAAACCAAUACAAAUUCCCCCCUGAGUAUUGAUUUCAGCAGCAAAGUGACUACUUUGGAAACGCAGCCAAGUACCCUGCAAUCCUCACCCUCCACAACGGCCCAAAAUUCAAGUCCUUGCCCUGCCAGGAGUGCUGCUCCUGCCACGGGAGGACCCAGGAACCCCGGCAAACCCAAGGGCACAAUGGCAAAAGAACCGUGUGAAGACAAUAAGUCUCUUAUUCUGAUCUGCUUCAUUAUAAUUGCAGUACUUGUGCUCAUCUGCACCUUCUUAUUGCUGGCCACAGUCGUCCUAGCAAACAAAAUGUCAUCUCUCAGAAAAGCCCAUCGGGGAAAACGGAGGCCCAGGAGCAACGGUGACAUUCUGGCAACUAACAGCUUGUGGCCAACUGCAGCAGGAACGUGGCAGAGGAUGCCUAAGGAGACAACUGCAACUGACCUGAUAAUGCAAGAGUUAAUAUCAGGGAGAGAUGCCGAGACCCAAAGGAAAACUGAAGACGAAAGUACAGAGAAACUCACCAAAGAAAUAGAUAAACAGGAAAAACACCCGUCAAAGUCACCCAAACCCAUUCUAGCCAAUUUUGUAGUUGAGAUUUAACUCUUACUCAGGUAAAGACUCGUAUUUUGCCUUCUCCACAUCAUGAACACAAGGCAAAAAUGCAGCUGCCAAGUCACAACAUCAACUUUGACACAGGAAAUCUAAAUUCAGAUCUUAGGGGCUUUCCUUUUACCACAGUGGGAACACUGCAGAACACUGCAGCACCCUGCAGACCCAGAAAGGAGUGGGAUUGUGUUAAAUAGUUUCCUAUAAAUGGUGGAAAGACCAGUUUUAUCCCUUUGACCAGAAAUAGGAGCUGAACAGGAUAAAGCUACAGGACAGGAGUCUGCUCAUUCUCAGAGACCAUUAGGGGAAAAGAAUAACCAGAAGUAAAUGACUGUCAGUCCAACAAACAUCCCAAACCCUGCCGUGCUGCACAGGGACAGUGAAGCUGCUUUUCUGAGAGAACCCUGAGUCACAGCUUUGAUGCAAUUUCUGAAUCAGGAACUGAUUUGCCAAAAUUCACUUUCAGCUUUUUCCACCCAGAGCUUCAUAAACCAUCUUAAUUGCUUUUGAGCCAGACUGAGACUUGAACCAUAUUUAUUGUGUUUGGACUUUCUGUAUCAAUACACCGAGUCUGUAUCAUAUGUUAGAAGACGAGAACUGUUUGAAUUCUUUAUCUCCAAUAAACAA